AGGGGGCUGACGGCAGCGUCUCAAGUUCCAGGCCGAAGCUAACCCCAAGAGCAUACAUCGCAAUGUUCGGUUGCUGUUGCACAGAGAAAGAAGAGGCGUUUGACUCGCUGGCAGUUGAUGAGAAAGAUAGCAAGUUAGUGAAGUCGGCUCCAGCGUUGAGCAAAUCAGCGACAGCAGAUUCUGCUGCAAUGGACCAAAAGAAUUGCUAUAUGGUAACUUUGCCCCGUGGCCCAGAUGGCAAGCCAGACCUGGGAGUGGAGAAGUCUGAUGCCGACUACUUGAUGAUCAAGAAGAUGACGCCAGGGGUGGCUGCCUGGAAUGAGUUGAACCCUGCUUCACAUCACAUCGGCGUCUUUGACAGGAUUGUUGAGGUGAAUGGGCAGGCAGGACUAGGAAAAGAUAUGGGCCGAGCCUUGGAGACCCCCUCCACUGGAGAUGUGACGUUGGUGCUCCAGCGGCCCUCCACUCGGGUGCUGACCCUGAAACGCCCUGGGAAACUGGGCAUUAUUGCGAACUACAUGCCAAACUAUUCCUUGAAGCCGUGGAUCGACACAGUGGCCGAAGGAUUGGUUGCAGAUUGGAACAAGGCAAAUCCAGAUUCUUGCAUCAGGGAGCACGACCGCAUCAUGUCGGUGAAUGGUGUGUCGCAUCCCCCAGAGGAGGUGGUGUUGCAAAUGCGGAAGCAGGACGAUACCCUUGAGAUCGUCGUUAUGCACUACGUGCCUUGAGACGGGCGCGCGCCACAGGGGUCACACCGCCCAGAACCCGGCCUGCUGCGAAGGCAGCUAAGGAAUGCUGGUUGAGUGCCCAGAGGGUGGUGGAUCCCGAC